UGUACCGGAAGUGUAGAAGGGGAAACAAGAAUAGUCUUUCCCCUUGGGCGCCGACCGUAGCAAGAAAUUUGUCCCUCAGUGACAUCCGUAGGGAGGGCGGGGUUAUUCCGAGAGAGCCCCUGGGUAGUUUUUCGGAGGCUUCUUUGGCUCAGUAGAGGAACGGCAGUCGAGACCAUGUUCCGCCUUGAGGGUCUGGGGCCCAAGUUGGACCCGGAGGAACUGAAGCGCAAAAUGCGCGAGGACGUUCUCUCUUCCAUCCGCAACUUCCUCAUCUACGUAGCCGUGCUGCGCAUCACUCCAUUUGUUUUAAAGAAGUUGGACAGCAUAUGAUAGUAAGAGCUUCGAGGAUUGCCUACAUGAAAGACCAUGGAAUGCUUUUCUAAGAAUGGACUAUAGACAUUACCUUAACAGAUGGAUCCUGAACAUUUCCAUAUGAAGAUUGUAGAGCUAAAAAAGUAAAAUACUUUUUGUCACUUUUUCUUUCCAUGUGUCAGACGUUUGUUCUUGCCUUCAUGUUGGUGCAAUCUUGUUCUUAUUCAGAGCUUAUAAUCAGGCCUGAUUUUGGAAAGCUGCUAAAUAUGUAUUGGAAUAUAAUUAUAUCUGAAGUGUUAAUAGUGAUAUUGUUGUCACUAUACAGUUUCUGUAUGAAAUCUUAUGGAUAUAUCCUGAAAGAUUAAAAUAAAUGGAGUAUAUGUUCUAA